GUUCGGGGAGAUCUGGAAAUGCAGCUUGUACAUCGACCCUAGCCCGACCAAAGUUCGUUCGCCAUCUUUCGUCUGUCCAACUGUCUAAAUUUUUAUCGUUUUGCAGGUCGCCGUGAAAGCAUUGCACGUGUACGCUGAUGAUCAACUUGGGCCAGCAAAGACCAAAAAGAUCAAGAGGAUCAUGCAUGAACUCAGGAUAUGUGCCAAGCUCAAUCAUCGGAAUAUUCUCCGUAUUUGUGGUUAUACGCAUGGCUUCGGCCCAUUUCCAGCAAUAGUCAGUCUUUGGGCGGAGAACGGUAACUUGACAGUCUAUUUGGAGCAUCAAGGUGCGACUCUGACUCUCGUCCGACGAUUCCAACUGUUAAGAGACAUCAUAGCUGGUCUGCAAUAUCUUCACACCAACAAUGUCAUCCAUGGCGACUUCAAUGGGCCUAACGUGUUGAUCCAUGGUGAUGGCACCGCGUGUAUUGCUGACUUUGGCCUUUCCUUGAUGUAUUCCGAGUUCAUAAGCGCCUCUCAGGCUUCAUACACGUCCACGCUUAAAGGAAAUGUGCGCUGGAUGGCUCCUGAGCUGCUCGUAGAGCCGGAGGAUGGCUCUCAAGUUCGACCAAGCAAGCAGAGCGACAUGUAUUCAUUUGGCGGUGUCAUGCUGCAGGUCCUCACCAACAACACUCCCUAUUAUUACCUUCGGAAUGAUGCUGCCAUCAUCUGGGCUAUGCAGAAGUCGCAAACGCCUUCCCGAUCCCGUUAUGCUGAGCUCCAUGAAUCAUACUGGCAGUUUAUCGAGCAAUGUUGGUCUAUUGAUCCUUGGGUCCGUCCCUCGACGGAGCGAGCUGACGAAGCGAUCAGAAACGAAUUUUACUCUCUUUCCUGAUCUGAUUGAUUUUUGGAUGUCUCGCAUUCAGAAAUCUGUUUACAGUACAACCAGAUGGAUAAAUAUAGGUACUCCUGUAUAGUACAUGUAAGCUCAUUCUAAGAUCUCUCUUGUGAUGUUGAAGAACACCUGUGCUACGAUGAAAAACG